UUUUUUUUCUCCCAGGAAGAAACAUGGCCGCUUACUGUUCAGCGAUGGUGUUUCUAUUUACGUUUCGCCUGUAUUCUGUUUUGAGACUGACAGUGGAGGAAAGAGCUUUCCUUCGAAGCCAUUUCUGAGUAAAAUUGAAGCUUUAUUUGUAAUUCUCGUUUUGGAUAAAUCGGCGCCGUGCUUUCUUUAUGAGUAGUUGCUGUGACACAGACUGAGGGAUUCCCUUUCUCUUCGCCGGGGCGCAUCAGAACCGCGAUCGGUUUUACUGAACCAGAAACCCACAGCGUUCACGCCGCGAUGUUUAGCCCCGUGAAUUCCUCUUAUUUUCGGGUCAGUCCGGCGAUUGUCAACCGGGAGCUUGGGAAGACCAAGAUGAGAUAGCAAGAGCGCACACUGGAGUGCUAACACGCGUUUUGCUGGGAGCAUAUUUCUAACUGGGAGAAAACUGAAGCUAUAUAUAUAUAAAAAAUACCAAGUCAAGAUGUUUGGAAACCUUUUUGAGGAGGAGGAGGAUGAGGGGUUCGCCUCGACCUCCGCCAGAGGAAGAGCUGCCAAGGGGGGCGAGGAGCCGCCUCCACCCCGCGGGAGAAGCAAUCUGUGCGGCAUUAAAAACCAGGGAGGGACGUGCUACCUCAACUCUCUGCUCCAGACGCUGCUGUUCACCCCAGAGUUCAGAGAGGAGCUGUUCAAUUUGGGGCCGGAAGAACUGGGCUGUCUUGAGGACAGAGACGAGCCAGGAGCGAAAGUGAGAGUGAUCCCUCUUGAGCUUCAGAGGCUGUUCUCCCGUCUGUUGCUGGUUGACCAUCAGAGCGCCUCCACCACCGACCUCACCGACAGCUUCGGCUGGAACAGCAGUGAGGGGACGAAUCAGCAUGAUGUGCAGGAGCUCAACAGGAUUUUGUUCAGUGCGUUGGAGCACUCCCUUGUGGGCACCAGUGGCAGCACACUGAUCCAGCGCCUGUACCACGGUACCAUUGUCAACAGCAUCGAAUGCAAGGAGUGUGGCAACGUGAGCCAGAGGAAGGAGGACUUCCUGGAUUUGACGGUGUGUGUUUGCGGCGUGUCCAGCCUGGAGGAGGCUUUGUGGAACAUGUUUGUGGAGGAAGAGUUGUUUGAAGGCAACAACCUUUACCGCUGUGCUCAGUGCUCCAGGUUGGUCACUGCAGCGAAGUCUGCCAAGCUGAAGCAGCUGCCCCCGUUUAUGACCAUGUCUUUACUGCGAUUCAGCUUUGACUUUGCCAAAUGUGAGCGAUACAAGGAGACCGGACGCUACAGCUUCCCUCUAACCAUCAACCUGCGACCUUUUUGUGAGCAGACUGAUGCUGAGGACUCCGAUUUCACAUAUGACCUGUUUUCCGUGAUUAUCCACAAGGGAGGCUGCUAUGGCGGCCAUUACCAUGUUUACAUUAGAGAUAUCGAUGAGCUUGGACUAUGGGAGCCACUGGAAGAGGACUGCAAACCCAAAACUCAAAAGAAAAUAAAGGAGGAAGUCAAGGAGUCAUCUGAACCAAACCUACAAGAAGACGACCCCUUGUCUAUCAUUACUGCAAUCAUUGCUCAGGAGUCAUCAAAAAGUGUUUUGUUGGAUCAGCUUGGCCAAAAACUCAUGGAUAAAACUGGAUCAUCAUGGAGCAAAAGGUUCAGAAAACACCACGGUCCCAUUGGAAAGUUCCUGCAGUCUCACAAUGAUGUUUUCAUUUUGGUAUCAAAUGGGACUCGAGUGGCAUUGAAAGCAAACCCUCCAAGCCCAGUGACUGAUGCCUCUGCUCCAUCGGAGCAAACCACAAGCUCUGAACCUUCGGCAGCUCCAGACAGAGCAGCUUCUGAUCUGCAGCCCGAGGCAAAUCAAAAGCCACAACCUAAACCAGAGGUGUUGACACUGCCAGCGCUUCAGGACGCAUGUUUUCCUAUCACCAGUUUCCUACGUGUGUGGCAGAUGGAGGGAGGGCGUCUGACACGCAUCCUUAGAGGACAGCAACUCACACUCAGGAAGCUGAAGUUGACCACUGGGACGGAUCUUUGUGUGCAGGGCCUUCUGAAAGAAGAAGAGCUUGGGCCAAAGCAAGUGCUGCUGAAUAUAAAGAUGGGCGUUCCGGGAGAGCGGAGUUACUAUCCCGCAGAAGAGCUGGUUUGGGACGCUUCCCAUGAUUCUUCUCCACGAUCUCUGCGCACCUGCCUGGCUGCACACUACGGCCUCUCUCCCGAUUCUCUGCUGCUGGCCAAACACCAGCCUGAGAAACACGCCUGGGAAGAAAUCUCCAACUGGACUCAUCAGGUUUCCAAAAAGAAGAAAAAGAAAAAGGCAGAAUCGCUUUUAGGGCCACCUUUUCACCUCAGAGAUGGGGACGUAAUCGGCAUUAAGAAUCUUUUGAUUGACAACAACAGGGACUUUGUGACGGCGGAAGACCAGCAGGGCCAGCAGAGGCUCAGGGAACAGGCAGAGCAACGCAGGAAAGGGGAGCAGCCUGCAGCAUCUAACGGUGCAGGAAAAACCAAAUCCAGGAAGCUGGAGGUGCCGUUGUCCAUCAGCGUUGGAGUAUUCAGAUAGCAUCCAUCUUUGUUGUUGAUGCGUGGGCAAGUCGGGACUUCUUAUGACGUCGCACACAUGAACUAAAUUGCCAUGUUGCUGUUGGACAAUCCUACUAAACCUGUCUGGUGCCAUUUCUUCCUAUUUCUACUACUGUUUGCAUACGGUUAUUAGCCACAAGUCGUUUUACGGUUGCAAAAAAUCUUUUGCCUAAUACCUUCCUGGAUCCAUCAAAACACAUUUUUUUGAAAACUUUGAUCUCAUCUUUUGGACUGUUUCUGCAUUUUGUAAUAUGUAGUAUUACAGUUUUAUGUUUUAACAUACUGGUUCCAACAGUAAAAUAAAAAAAAAUUUCUACGUUGAUUUGCAGCCAAUCCCCUUUGGAUUUUUACAAACAUGGAUUAAACUCCGGAGGCUUGAAUAAGGUGGAAUUUUUUACUGAACUCUGAUAUCUUAGUAAUUUUUGUCAGUCACUUUAAAAUUGAAAAAAAAAAAACAAUAUUUAAAAUGUAAAAUAAAAAACAAAAAUCUAUAUAUAAUAAAUGAAAAAUUCCCCCUUUUUCGAUUAUCUUUUCUUAAUCUAAACCAGAUUAAGAAUGAACUUCCUUCCUGAAAUCUACAUCUUUAUCAGGUAAAGUUAAAGCCACGUUUUAAAACAUCAGCCUGCCGCUGUGCCGCCUGAACGCGGGCGUCUCCAGAUCCGUAACCAUCGACGCGUUUAUUUGGGGAGAUGAGAGAUGGGCCUUAAUGUGGAGAAGCUUCUUUGCUGCUCUGUCUUCCCUACCUCAAACUCCACCUCUCCUGCUCCUCCUCUUCUACCUCUUUUAGUCUCUGUUUCUCACCAUUUAUCCUUAUUCUAAACUGUUGCCCCCGCCCUCUGAAAGUAAAUCACCAUUUUUUUAACGUUUAAUUGCUGACAGUUUGGCUCUGUGCCCUCAGCACCGGGUUGAUGCCUCAACUUGAUAAUUUAGCGCCAAGCAAUAAAUUCUGCUUGAGAAAUGACAAAACUUGAUCAUGUGAUCUCUGUGAUCCUAUUGAUGACUAUUUUAGGUUUUAUUUGCAUGCACUACAUUUGACCUUCAGGGAAAUAAAACCGUUUAUUUUUUGGUUACGUUUUUUUGGGGGAAAGUGACAAAGUAAUAAAUUUGGGUAUUUUUAUUUUGAAAGAAUCUCGAUGUUGCUUCUUAUCUUGCCUUGACCAGGAUCAAGAAUUUUCAGACAGACAUUUGUUUUUCUUGGCAUUGUACCAACAAUGAAAUAACUUUUUGUGUCCUGCAUUGAUUUUAAUUUUCGCGGGUCAGAUCUUUGCUUUGCAUUGGUAAGGACCGGUCUGCUGUAUUGUUGCAGUGCUGUUUGUAUCGACGUAAAACUGCUUUUACAGAAAGUCCUUCAUGAUUAAUAAAGUUUUAAAAUAGU